CUCCGCCGCUGUCCAGAUCCACGAGAUCGCGUUAGCGCCCGCGCGAGACGCGCCUCGACGCGUCGCGUCGCGUCGUGUCUCGCUCUGUGUGCUUACCUUCCUGACGCGUAUACUCAGGGCUCUCAUGUCCGAACCACCGCGGACGCCUCCUCGCCGUGCAGCGCCUGCGCUUGGUAGCGCUACAAGAAGUCCCGGGACACCACGUCGUCACAAGGUUCCUUCGAGCAAGAGCACCCAAGGCACUCGCAGGCGAACCGCAAAGUACGCGACUGCGAAGGUCAAGUCCGAUUUGAAGGAGGCAUUUAGCCUACCCUUUGAGCCAGAUGACUGGCAAGCCGAGCUGAUCUCAAGGGUCUUGCGUGGAUAUGACAGCAUCUUUUGUGCAGGUACAGGCUAUGGCAAGAGCCUCGUCUUCCAGGCUCUUGCGAAGCUGGGCGGGAAAAACAAAGCCGUUUUAGUGAUCUGUCCACUGAAAGCUCUCGAAGCUGACCAGGUUCGGGAAGCCGAGGCGAAGGGUUUGCGGGCGGUGAUGAUCAACGAGGACAACUCGAAGACUCGCGAAGCCUGGGCGGAAGCACGUACGAAGGCGCAAAUGAUCUACAUCUCGCCUGAGAUGGCCCUAUCCGACUCGUUCACCAAGCUGUGGAAAGAUGGCAAGUUCCGGGACCGCGUCCAAGCUGUCGUCAUUGACGAAGCACACUGCGUUGACGAGUGGGGCAAGGACGACUUCCGGAAGCAGUACCGGCAGCUCAAAUACCUUCGACACUAUACCGGGCACUCGAUUCCCUUCGUUGCGUGCACGGCCACAUGCUCAUCUGCCACGUUUGACACACUGUGGGAGACCCUAGGCUAUGGCUACCGCCCGUUCUGGGGAAUCGAUGUAGGGAGCGACCGCCCAAACUUGUUCUUCGACACUCGUCCCAUCACCAACAAGGCGAACCCUGUCAUCGACGUCUUGGGGAUCCUACCGCCUUCCUUUAGCUCAGAUACACCUCUCGACGCCGUCCCCAAGUGCAUCCUCUACUUCGAAUCCGAGAACGCCUGUUUACAGGCCAAGAUCACCCUUCGCAAGUGCCUGCCAGCGCACCUCCGCGACACCGUGUACGCCUUUUCGUCGAGUAUCUCCGAAAAGGCAAAGCGUCAGGUUUGGGAUCGUUUCCGAGAGGGUAGCUUGCGAAUCCUAUGCGCGACAGAUGCAGCGGGAAUGGGAUGCAAUGUCCCGGACAUCCAGUAUGUUAUCAUCAUUGGAUGUCCGCGAUCGCUCUCUGUUGUCGCGCAGCGCUGGGGACGAGCAGGUCGAGACCGCUCGACGCCCGCAACAUGUCUUCUACUUGUGCCAAAAUGGGCUUUUCGGCCCGAUCCUGCGCAGAGUGCCGUGGUUAACCCGGCCAUCCGACGUGUACGGAAGACGAAUGCGGCCACGACUACUGUGAAGCAAGAGACGAAGAAGGAUGCUGAGCAGCGAGCUCGUCUGCCGGCGCCUCUGGAACAGUUCAUCAACGUGAACACUUUGGAAGGCCAGAGUCGAUGCUCGCAUGCGUAUGUUGGUCAGGCCUUCCGUCCGAACACUCGAUUGGACAAUUACCGGCUGCUGGAUAACUCGGACGAACCUACCCGUGGUUCGCGAGCCAGUGCUUUUGAGCUGUCAUGGACCACUCUGGACCUUGGUCGGCACCCCCUCGUACGCGGUGCUGCAAUUACUGCACACCGCGGAAUCCCCAUAUCAUUCCCUCCUGCUCGAAUGAUGACCGCCGUUUGCGAGCCUAUGCUGCCGACUUCGCGGCGCCCCUUGUCGAGCUGUCGAGUCGCCCGGCUUCCCGGACAGCAAGCUCGAUUGCAUCUUCCGCCUCGGUAGCUCGCAGCGACGACUUCAUCCCAGUGAAGGGGAAGUCGCAGGUGGCGCAGUAUGAAAGG